GGCUGUUACUAACCAGUUUUAAGAGUGAAACCAGUUCUAAUCGAGUUUAGUCACGAAACAAAGUUGGCGCUGUUGUACUGUGUCGUAGUAGAUAUGAGUUGUAUUGUGUGUACUGACUAAACACUGAGUCAACGUGGAGAUGGGGAAAGAAAUAGACUUGUUGAAAUUCGUUAAGUGUAACGACAUCGAAAAAGUUCAGAAACUUUUAAUUCCAUCCCGAAGACAUGAUAGUUCCAAUGCUAAAAGUCGGAAAGAUCGGGAAGUCUUGGAAAGAGAUCGCAAUAGAUUAUUGGAUUUACGGUGGAAGGAGAAGAUCAACCAUGUUAAUAUCAAUUGCCACGAAGAUGAUACAGGAUAUACACCUUUAAUAUUAGCUGUUCUUAAUGGUAAUCGAGAACUUGCUAUGCUCCUUAUUCACUUUAAUGCAGAUGUCAAUGCUAGAGAUAACAAAGGAAACACUGCAUUACAUGUAGCAACUUUCAAUGGGAGAUCUGAUAUGAUUGAAUUGCUGCUUCAAUGUGGAGCUGAAGUAGAUACUUUCAACCAUGAUAGAAAUACACCAGUCCAUAUUGCUUGCCAAAACUGUAUACCAGGAACUAAGUUCAUUCUUUUGAAAUUAUUGAGGGCUCAACCAGAUUUAUUAGCUAAAAAUAAAGAUGGAGCUACUCCGUUUGAUCUGUCUGCACAGUAUGGUCGCAUAGAUGCAGUUGCCUUGCUGUUGGAUCAUGAACCUGCAUUUCGUACAUCAAGUAGAGCAUUUAUUGAUUCCUGUAUCAGAGGUCAUAAAGAUGUUGUUCGUCUUAUGUUAGAUUAUGGUAUAGAUCCUGAUAUAGAAGAUCCAUAUCACAAUUCUUGUGGACUCCAUGAAGCAUGCAGGUUUCUUAGAAUUGAUGUAGUAACACUGUUAAUAUCUCAUGGUGCAGAUCCUGAAAAAUUUAACAGCAAAGAAGAGAGUGUGAAAACAAUUUUGGCAAGUUAUCCAGCAGAGAAAAUUGAUGUUUUAUUAAGAAUAUUUGAGGAAUGGAAAGGAAAACCAAAAUUAAGACCAAGAUUCUGUGAUACAAAUAGUAAUGGAGAAGACACUCAAGACAUUAAAGCACUUUAUCCUCUGUUAAAAAAUGAUGUGUUGUGGACUAAGUUACAAACAUCCUAUUGUAACUCAUGGAUGAAAAGUAGUCCUCAUACUAAUCUUUUGGAUAAAUUUAGUAAACCUGAGGAAAAACCCAGAAAGAGUUACAAAAAUGUUUAUUCAUCACUUAGUGGUACUAUGCACUGGUUAGUGGUUGCAAGUGUGAAAACAAUUUUGGCAAGUUAUCCAGCAGAGAAAAUUGAUGUUUUAUUAAGAAUAUUUGAGGAAUGGAAAGGAAAACCAAAAUUAAGACCAAGAUUCUGUGAUACAAAUAGUAAUGGAGAAGACACUCAAGACAUUAAAGCACUUUAUCCUCUGUUAAAAAAUGAUGUGUUGUGGACUAAGUUACAAACAUCCUAUUGUAACUCAUGGAUGAAAAGUAGUCCUCAUACUAAUCUUUUGGAUAAUGAUCCUUGUACACUUUGUGUUAUACCUUGUAAAUUCAGUUCUUUUGUGAUAUUUGAUUUUGGUAGACCUUUCAUCUUGUCUGGAAUCAGGAUAUUAGGAUGGGACAGUGAUCAAAUGCCAAAAAGAUGCCAACUUCAGAAAGCAGAAGGAUUAGAUGGACCGUGGGAAACGGUGAGGAUAUUCAUAUGCAAAAUGCAAGGUUCAAAAGAUCCAUUAAAACCUGGUGAACCACAGGAAUACCAUGGUUUUAAAGAAACUUCUCAGUAUUGGAAGCUUCUUAUAAAAGAUAACCACGGUGGUGAUAUUAUUUCUUUACAUAGCAUUCAUUUUUACGGUGUAGAUCCAUCUGUGAUUGAAUUUUUUGAAAAUCUUGAUAUGGCGUAUUGUUCAACAGCUUUCAUUGAAAAGGGUUUUAAUCGUAAGGAAGAUUUAACUAAAAUUACAACUGCCAUAGUUAAUGAAUUAGUUGACAAUGAAGAAGACAGGUGGAAAUUAUUGGAAGCAGUUGGCCAGGAAAGGAAAAUUGUUUCCCGUCUAAAACGAAGAAGUGAAUUGGAUGUAAUGUUUUCAGAAUUACAACAAAUGCUGCAUAUAUAAUUCAUCAGAUUUAUAUCACAAGCUUAAUUUCCCUCCAUAAAAACUGUUUUUUCUUUCAUAAAAUUCAUGACUGUAUUCAAGUUGUAAUAUUUCGUUCAUAAUUACGUAUUUUAUUUUAUAAAGUUUAUUAAAAUAAUUUAUAUUUUAUUA